UUGUUUUUUUGCAUCAAAAUUUUUUUAAUUUGCAAAUUAUAUUUUGCAAAUAUUUUGGGAAACAAUUUUUUCUCUCCGUGCUCUCCCGUUCUUCCCUGCGGAGUGCGCUGCGCCGCCCAGCCCUGUCGCCCCCCGGAGGUGAUCCCUCCCUCCUGCCUGCCCGCCAGCCUGACCUGUGCCCGGCUCGCGGGCCGCAGUCUCGGCCCCGGCGCGCCCCCGGCAGCUCUCGGCGCGAUGAGCAUAGAGACGCUACUGGAGGCGGCCCGCUUCCUGGAAUGGCAAGCGCAGCAACAACAGAGAGCACGUGAGGAGCAGGAGCGGCUCCGCUUGGAGCGGGACAGAGAGCAGGAGCAGAAGAAGGCCAGCAGCCUGGCCAGGCUGGCCCACGCCCUGCCCGUGGAGGAACCGCGCAUUGAAGCGCCACCCCUACCUCUGUCCCCCCCAGCGCCCCCCCCAGCACCCCCACCCCCACUUGCCACCCCCACCCCACUGACUGUCAUUCCUAUUCCAGUAGUGACCAACUCUCCUCAGCCUCUGCCCCCGCCCCCACCACUGCCUCCUGCAGCCCAGCCUUUGCCCCUGGCGCCUCGCCAGCCAGCUCUGGUUAGCACCCCUGGACUCAGCAUUAAGGAGUCUGCUCCCUUGCCCACCAGGCCGCAGGUGCCCAACCCUGCUCCCCUGCUGCCAGACUCCAAGACCACCCUUCCGCCCACUGGCAGCCCCAAGCCUUUGCAGCCCCUCCCCACACCCAUCCUGACCAUAGCACCUCACCCUGGAGUUCAGCCCCAGCUGGCCCCCCAGCAGCCACCCCCACCCACUCUUGGGACCCUGAAGUUGGCACCAGCCGAAGAAGUCAAAUCCAGCGAACAGAAGAAGAGGCCUGGGGGGAUCGGAACCAGAGAAGUCCACAACAAAUUGGAGAAGAACAGGAGGGCCCAUCUGAAGGAAUGCUUUGAGACCCUGAAGCGCAACAUCCCCAACGUGGACGACAAGAAGACGUCGAAUCUGAGUGUGCUGCGGACGGCGCUGCGGUACAUCCAGUCUCUGAAGAGGAAAGAGAAGGAAUAUGAGCAUGAGAUGGAGCGCCUGGCUCGGGAGAAGAUCGCCACGCAGCAGCGGCUGACCGAGCUCAAGCACGAGCUGAGCCAGUGGAUGGACGUGCUGGAGAUCGACCGCGUGCUCCGGCAGACUGGCCAGCCCGAGGACGACCAGGCCUCCACCUCCACAGCCUCGGAGGGUGAGGACAACAUAGACGAGGAUAUGGAGGAGGACCAGGCCGGCCUGGGCCCAUCUAAACUGAGCCAUCGCCCCCACCCGGAGCUGCCGAAGCCACCGCCCAGCGCCGCCCCCGCGCCUCCGCCUCCCCAUGCACACCCGCACUCCCAGCCUGUGGCCCUGUCCCCCGUCCCCCUGCCUGGGCAGCAGCCGCCAGCACAGCAGAAGACCCCUCUGCCGGCCCCUCCUCCCCCACCGGCUGCCCCUGCGCAGACGCUGGUGCCGGCCCCAGCCCACCUGGUGGCUGCAGCUGGCGGGGGCUCCACGGUCAUCGCCCACACGGCCACCACCCACGCCUCAGUCAUCCAGACUGUGAACCACGUUCUCCAGGGCCCGGGCGGCAAGCACGUCGCCCACAUUGCGCCCUCAGCCCCCAGCCCUGCUGUGCAGCUGGCGCCCGCCACGCCCCCCAUCGGCCACAUCACAGUGCACCCUGCCACCCUCAACCACGUGGCCCACCUCGGCUCCCAGCUGCCCCUGUACCCGCAGCCCGUGGCAGUGAGCCAGCCCGUGGCGGUGAGCCACAUUGCCCACACCCUCUCACACCAGCAAGUGAAUGGCACAGCCGGGCUGGGGCCCCCAGCCACGGUCAUGGCGAAGCCGGCCGUGGGGGCUCAGGUGGUGCACCACCCCCAGCUGGUGGGCCAGACAGUGCUCAACCCUGUGACCAUGGUCACCAUGCCCUCCUUCCCGGUCAGCACGCUCAAGCUGGCUUGAGGAGGGCCAUUCAGAGGCCCCCAGUGGGGGCAGGGAGGGGGAACCCGUCCCCCGCUCUCUCCCACCCACCAGCUCCACACAUUCCAGCCAGGCCGAGGCCCGCCGCACCCACCCCCACCCCCAGGCCUCCUAGGGGAGGGGGUGCAGAGACUCUGAGCCAGGGGAGGGAGGGCCACCCCGGGGAGCUGGGCGUGGGGCAGGGGGUCUGCCCUAGGACUUGAGCACGUGAUGAGACACUCUGGUGAAUGUGCCACUCGCCUGGCCUGGUGCCGGCUCCAGUGCCCUUCCUGCCUCCCCACCUUGUCCCCUGCAGCCGUGCGCCGUGGGUGUUGUGUUCUGCCAACCUCCCUGCCCCGCCCCGCCUGCCUCCCAGUGCUGCUGCUGCUCGUGAGGGGGCCACGGGCCUGGGGCCUCCAUCCGGAGCCUCAGCCUUCGCUUCCCAGGCCUUUCCGGGGAGGGGGGGGAAGUGGGCAGGGAGCAGAACGGAAGCAACUUGGCCCAGAAAUCUGGGUGCGUGGGGGGCUCUGAGUGCAGGUGACAGAUCCUAGGACGGGGCUGCGCUGUGGUCCCAUCCAGGCAGGUGGGCCCCCCGGCCUAGGGUUCCCCAACCCAGCUGCGGUCACUGACUCGUUACCGCAGAAACUAGUUAAGAGGAGUCGCUACCAACAACUACCCCACGCUGUUGCUAAGCUCCCUGAGCUUC